AUGGCUCCCCGAGCCAUCUAUACAUUUGGAGGCCGCUACAAAAGCAUCAACGCUGUGGAAGAUGCGCCAUUCGCAGAAUUCAUCUCAGUGAGAGAGACCGGGCUCAAGUUCAACGUCGUCCACCCAAUCCCGGUUGCGUAUCUGCGUGAUCUAGACCCCCGUGAACGCGAUGCGGUCCACAAAUACAUUCAUUCUCAGCUAUUUAACAACAGCUACAAAGACGUCGGGUUUAUUGAAGCUGCAGAAGAGACCUUGAGUUUGUUGGAGACGGUCCAACAGGAUAUGGAUCGCGAUCGCUCGACCACUGUGGAACCCACGACGACGGAUGCGACCAGCGACCGGACAUACCACACGGCAAGAGAUUACCAAGAGUCCCACAGCAACCAUCGCUCGAUGGUCCACUUGAAGGGUGAAUCCCAUACUACGCGCGGCUUACGACCAGGUGCCUCUAAGCGUUCUCGCAAUAUAGACGCCUGGAAGAAAAACGUCCCGCGUGGCCACGCUCCACCAUCGGUCAGCCAACGAAGCUCGUGUCUGCCAUCUGAAAGAGCGAGCGAAUCACAAUCAUCAAGCCCUAGCAGGAUGCGAAGGCCUAGCAGGCACAUUGACUUCCUCAAGGACGCAAAGCUCGACAAAAAGACGCGCGUCAUAGUCGUGGAACACAGCGUUGCUAGCCACGAGCUGGCGCUUCAAGAACAGCACCUCGCCCGUCUUGAGUCGCUUGCUUUGACCGUCACCAGCGCAGCUGCGCGGCGCGAUCUAUACGCUGCCAUUCGAAAGGCUCACACUGCAAUCGAGAAGGUGCGCGUCCUCGAACGUAAGUGCAAAGGCGCUCUCUCUGACUCCAGGGCACUCGUAGUGGAUGCUCUUGAGCUUGCUGAUGAUCUUUGGGAGACGUCAGAAGCAGACGCGGAAGAAGUAUCAACCGUUUCUUGUCCGACAAUGGUUUUUUCGUCGACACAGCGGAGCACAUCCACUGCCCCGUCGGAGCAGGAAUCCUCAGUGCCGGCCCGUUUUGCCUCUGCCUCGGAAGUUGUUUCACUGAAGAAGGAACUGCGAAAGAUCGACAACGAUCUUUCGGACGCGAUGAGGACUCUAAACAAGGUCAUCACUCGAUCACGUAACCGAGAGGUCGUGAUCGAAAGCAUAGACCGCGCACGGGUAUGCCUCGACAAGAUUCACAUUAUAGGAGAGCGCUUUUCGGGCUUGGAUGACGAAAAGAUACGCAAAUUCGGAUUUGCCACGCUUGCCAUUGCAAGGAUAAGGCAUCAAGAAGCUAUGCGCGUUCUGGAUGAAGCCAAGCAAGAGGCACAUCGAUUAGACGGCCCUACGCAGGCAAUAGAUAGUAGAGCAACGCGAGAAACCGAGCGCCAACAGACUUCGCGAACAGAAGAAGAGCUCGACCAAACUAUACAUCGUAUCUCUCAACUUGAGUUCGUUGACGCCGGAGAGCUUUUGCAGCAGCAACAAGACGCUCUUGAUCAGCUUGCGCAGCACAGGCUUACUGAGACGUACAACAGACGGGGCCCAACGAGCAAUAGCUUGUAUGAUCAGUUUCUUCAGGCAGGCGCUCCCGAAGUUUACGGAGAGCCAACGUCGUCAGCGUCGGGUUUGCCGCCACCUCCGCUCCAGGAUUGGGGUCAGUACUCCCAUUGUCACGUGACGUACACACGCAAAGCAUUAGAGAGUGGUUUAAGAUGCUUCCAGUAUCCUCCAGCAGAUAUCGUCGCUGCUCCAUCUAUCUCAAUCGCAUCACAGCAGUUAUCAUCAUCGAGCACGGAUGUUCUUGGGUCUCAAUCUUCAGGCCCUUCGCCUAUGUUGUCUGCACUGCCUUUAGAGUCCCUGGGCAGCUUCAACCGUGACUUCACCUUCUCAGCUCUCACUGGCGUUACUAGGUUUUGUGAACGCUCAACAAUCGCUAACGUUUCCAACUACGAGCGUAUAUACUCCUCCCUCAAGGAUACUAAGAACAUUGAGGAUAGAAAUCCAACUUCGUUAGCUUUCAGCGAAGUCUUCGUGAACGAACUAUCCAGUCCUGUGGUUAUGACCGCUGCAGUACCGGGCGAAGCUUUCAAGGAAACCUUGUCACGAACGUCUGACACGACAGAGUCAUCAGUCCCCACGCAGCUCAAGGCUGCCACGACUGACAACGCCCCAGCACCUGUGUACACAUCCAAAUAUCCAUUCACAGCUGCUGAUGUCAAAAAAGAGCUAGAGGUUUGCCCGGACUAUGCAAGUCAUGAACAUGAUGUCUACGAGACUGACACCGGCCUCUCACUUGAAAGCAUACUUGGUAGGCGGAUGUUCUUGGCAAGUGCGGAUGGUGUGACCCAAUGCAUCGCCUACGACAAGCUCCUACACGACGUCGAGAUUAUCAAAGACGAUGGUGGUGCAGACUUCGACUCAGUCACAUCUCCGAGUAGGAUGUGCCCUGACGAAUGCAAAAACGCAUGUCAUGAGACCUCCGAGUCUAUUGGUUGUUGCAUCGAGGACACUCAAGUAGUUUCCGCCAUUCGCGACAGGUUUUGCAAUGCGAAGGACAGUGCGGGACUGGAGGACAUCGAAGUACCUGGCCGGUGUUUGCACCCAAGCCAGAAGUGUAGUUCUGAUCGUGAGGAGGUUUCGAGCUAUUCGGGCAGUUCGGGUUUCGGUUCGGACGAUGCUGUAUCGUUCAGUACUGGGAAGUGUGAAGUGGUUGCGACGCACCCGACAAGCCUCCAAACUACCGCACGCUCAGGCAGCAAAGACGAGACAGUGUCGACUAGCUCACAUGGUCCUGACGAGUCCGACUGUGCUUCCGAGUUGAGUCGCAUGCGUCUAAGUCCAGAGUCUCUCUUUUCCUGUCUGGAGGUCAUGGAGGCCAGAGACAGCGGCAAAGCCACGCGAGACGCCGUUGUCACCGCAUUCCUGCAGCUUGUCAAUAUCGAGCGAAAGAUGCGAGGAGCUCGUACCUUGUCGUCGGCAUGCACAGCACAAAGCGUGCUGAGCAGUGGGAUCCUUCCGCACACAAUCAUGCUUGAAACUACGACUGUUGCGUCCUUGGUUGCACAGCUGUGCUUUGACGAGAAAGAUGAGGUCGAGAUGGCUGACGUGUACGCGGCUUGGGAUCGGUUGGGCCGUGAGGAAGUGCAACAGCAACGGAUAGCUUCUGGAGGCAGUAUGGGUGUAUUGGGCAGAGUUCGGGCUGGCUCUCAUGGGACUACGAGCUUCAGUGGGGCAUGUUUAACAGAUGAGUCUAGGUGA